AUGCCUAUGGUUUGGAAUGACCAGGCGGAUGCCAAGCUGCUUGCUGCUAUCCUUAAUACCGCAAAGCCAAAGCUCGAUUUUGACGCGAUCGCGAAAUACAUGGGUGAUGAUUGCAGUGGAUGUGCGGUUCAGAAUCGGAUCCGCAGACUGAAGGGUAAAGCGAAGGGUGACGACCAGGACGGAGCGACAUCUACUUCACCCAUCCCUUGUAAACGCAAGAAGGACAAGCGGUUCGUCAAGCAGGAAAGCGGGUUACUGAAGAAAGUGAAGAUAAAAGAGGAAAAUGGCAAUGAGGAUGGCCAUGGUCAUAAAUAA